ACACACACACACACACACACACCUCUCUUUUUAUAGAAAAGCUAAAAUCCAGCUCACUCUCUGGCGAGAGAAGAAAUCAGGGCCGGGGAGCGCGCUUUGCCAGUGGCCGAGGAGUAAUACGGUAACAGCAGGAGAUUACGGUACUAGCUGGGCUCCUGCAUGUGUUACGUCACCGAGAGCUGCAAAGUUCCUCGCCUUUCUUUUCUGGUGUCGAGGAGCUGAAUAUUAAAAGGGUGAUAGUGGAGUUACUGGUUGGUUGUUGGGGUGGGGGUUCCGUUUUUUUUUUUUCUUUUUUCACUCUUUAUUUUAAAGUGCCCAGGUGAAGCGCAGCGAGUCCGGAGUUUGGAGGGGACCCCGCGGUGCGGGCGGUGAGUCGGCGGGUGCAGAGGGCCGAGGGUCUGGCCGUGGGCGAGACGGUCCCCACGCCCCACCGGGAGGAGGCGGCCGCCCGGGGCUCCGGAGCCGAGGCCAGUGCGCGCCUCCCCGCGCGGGACCGGGCCGCAUCGCGCGCAGGAGGACGCGGGCAAACCGAGCUCCAGCGUCGCCCCAGACUCUGCAAAUAUUUCACACCCCUGUCGCCCUGCCCGUGCGCCUAGAACCAGGAACAGGAGGAGGCCAGCGGGAGGCCAGCGGCAGCCCAGCGUCGGAACUGCGGUCCCUGCCUUUGAGCAUCGAAGGCUGACCCGUAGUUGACUGUGGGUUGGUGGAAGACUGAAUUCCACAUUAUGUGCAGAAUGCUCAGUCUUCUCCCAACUAGGACGGACCAGACUGCACCGAGAAGCGGACUCUGGUAAUUCUGGGACUGCAUUUUGCAAAGGAUUCCCCUUGGGCUUUGCAGGCGGCCUCGGGUGGGGAGGCACCAGGCCCCUGGGCCCGCAGCAGCGAGUGGAGAGGCUUUUGGCGGCCCGCGCACCCCUCGCCAUGUCACCUCCAGUGCCCUGCGCUUCGGCUUGGCCCUCCGAGGGCUCCCAGGACUGGCCAGGGUUGUUUCCCUCCCGCGGGCUCUCUCUCACCCCCAACCGAGCCCAGGCCUUCUGACUGCCGGCCCCCUUGCUCUGGCCUCCGCCCCCAUCCCGCCCCCGCCCACGGUGGCCCUGCAGAGCUGGACCUGCCAGCCCCGGCUGGGACCAUGGUGUUUCUCUCUGGAAAUGCUUCCGACAGCUCCAACUGCACCCACCCGCCCACGCCAGUGAACAUUUCCAAGGCCAUUCUGCUCGGGGUGAUCUUGGGGGGCCUCAUUCUUUUCGGGGUGCUGGGGAACAUCUUAGUGAUCCUCUCGGUGGCCUGUCACCGGCAUCUGCACUCGGUCACUCACUACUACAUCGUCAACCUGGCAGUGGCCGACCUCCUGCUCACCUCCACCGUGCUGCCCUUCUCGGCCAUCUUCGAGGUCCUGGGCUACUGGGCCUUCGGCAGGGCCUUCUGCACUAUCUGGGCAGCGGUGGACGUCCUGUGCUGCACCGCGUCCAUCAUGGGCCUCUGCAUCAUCUCCAUCGACCGCUACAUCGGCGUGAGCUACCCGCUGCGCUACCCCACCAUCGUCACCCAGAGGAGGGGCCUGCGCGCUCUGCUCUGCGUGUGGGCCCUGUCCCUGGUCAUCUCCAUCGGGCCGCUCUUCGGCUGGAGGCAGCCGGCCCCUCAGGACGAGACCAUCUGCCAGAUCAACGAGGAUCCGGGCUAUGUGCUGUUCUCGGCGCUGGGCUCCUUCUACGUGCCGCUGGCCAUCAUCCUGGUCAUGUACUGCCGGGUCUACGUGGUGGCCAAGAGGGAGAGCCGGGGCCUCACGUCGGGCCUCAAGACUGACAAGUCGGACUCCGAGCAAGUGACGCUCCGCAUCCACCGCAAAAACGUCCCCGCAGAAGGGGAUGGGGUGACCAGCUCCAAGAACAAGACGCACUUCUCCGUGCGGCUCCUCAAGUUUUCCCGGGAGAAGAAAGCAGCCAAGACGCUGGGCAUCGUGGUCGGCUGCUUCGUGCUCUGCUGGCUGCCCUUUUUCUUAGUGAUGCCCAUUGGGUCUUUGUUCCCUGAUUUCAAGCCCUCAGAAACCGUUUUUAAAAUAGUAUUUUGGCUCGGAUACCUAAACAGCUGCAUCAAUCCCAUCAUAUACCCAUGCUCCAGUCAAGAAUUCAAAAAGGCCUUUCAGAAUGUCUUGAGAAUCCAGUGUCUCCGCAGAAAGCAAUCUUCUAAGCACACCCUGGGCUACACCCUGCACGCCCCCAGCCAUGCCCUGGAGGGGCAGCACAAGGACAUGGUACGCAUCCCCGUGGGAUCUGGAGAGACCUUCUAUAAGAUCUCCAAGACCGAUGGGGUCUGUGAAUGGAAAUUUUUCUCUUCCAUGCCUCAUGGAUCUGCCAGGAUUACAGUGCCCAAGGACCAAUCCACCUGCACCACCGCCCGGGUGAGGAGUAAAAGCUUUUUGCAGGUCUGCUGCUGUGUGGGGCCCUCAACCCCCGACCUUGGAGAAAACCACCAAGUUCCAACCAUUAAGAUCCACACCAUCUCCCUCAGUGAAAAUGGGGAGGAAGUCUAGAGGGGAGGAAAGUCACAAGGAAAGGGACGAUCCUAGGAGCCCUCCCACUUCCUACUCAAAAGACAGCUCACCCUUCUUGGAGGAAAAGACAGGAUCAUUCAACAAGGGCACCAUCUGGGCAUGGGAGGUGGGGAGACCCAAUUCAUCAGGCAACGAUGAGUGAGGAACAGGAAAGAGGCCGGAUGUCUCCCCACAGAUUUAGAAUAAGUCCACCUGAUUCUCAUUCAUUUUCUAAGUCUGCUUUCCACAACUGGCCCUUUCAACGAAAACUACCAUGGGAAACAGAAUUUCAUACACAAUCCAAAAGACUAUAAAUAUAGGAUUAUGAUUUCAUCAUGAAUAUUUUGAGCAUACACUCUAAGUUUGGAGCUAUUUCUUGAUGGAAGUGAGGGGACUUUAUUUCCAGGCUAAACCUACUGACAGAACUGUGAGAUGGUGGCCACUACCCGGGCACAUUACUUGUAGAAUGAGUUUUAAAACGCCACCAUUUCCGAUGCACCUAGUAUCUCAACUUGGGUGAAUUAGACAGUGAGAUUUCCCUUUGGCUGCACUUUGAUUGGACACUGCUUUAUCCCCUAAAGAUGAGGGUGAGGGACGCUCAUGUUGCAGAAUGUGAAGGAGCCUCAUUCUCCACCCUGAGGUCUAGAGCAUGGAGGACCAAUCCGGAGAGCAUGCUUUUCCCAAGAGAAUGCAAGAGACAUGAGGCUCAUCUUUGCAAAUUCAUUGCUAGGGUCAAAAAUCCUUUCAGCUGUUCCAAGGUCAGAUGUGGAAAGGCUUCUACUGUAUCAUAUUUAAAGAUCCACAAGUUGGGGGGUGGUAAUUUCAUGCUACACUAGUGGCUGCCAGGCUACUCCACAGCCUUUUGGAUGUGGCCUAGAAAAGCUCCUCUUGACAAAUUACUUGCCUUUCCCUGAGCUCCAUUAUGAAAACCCAGAGCUUACAUUUCAAAAGGCAAAAUACGGACUUUCAGUUCUUGUCACCUACUUCACGCCUGCAUUGUGAAUGAGGUUCACCCAUAGCAUGCGGGGAUGAGCCUUAAGACCCAGGUACAUCCUUCUUGCUCUUUGAAAGAUACCAGUGCUUAGCUUUGAACACAUACUUACUGGUUACCAAAGAAUUGCCCAAAGCAGGGGUUUGCAAACAUUUUGGGGGCAGAAAAACGUUUAUCCCAGCAGAAGAUCCUGUAGCCCACUCAAAUUCAUCCACACUGCUUUCUACAGGAACUUGGGCAACAUUUCUUGCUUCAUCUAUACCAAAUUUUGAUAAAUCUUAAUAACUCAGAUCAUUGCUAAUGAUGAUGAAAGCUAUGUAAAAAUUAAAAUAUGCCUGUUAUCCCACAAUGAGAAUUUAAAAUAUGAUUCAUGUUUUUGGAAUCAUUCCUGACCAAAAUCACUAAUCUAAAACUACUGGUUAUUUCUGUGGCCCCUUCCCUAUUUGUGUCAUUUACUCCAGGAAUUUCAAAGCAGGUUGGAGAUGUUAUGUAACCUUCCUGGCAAAAAUCAUGGCCCAGUCAUCUCUCUUGCAUCAAAAUAAUUAUUCUCUUCAGUCUUGCUAAAAGUAAAUCUCGUUCUACAUUGCAGUGGAUGGCAUGUUGGGAUGUGGAUGUGGAUUUUGUGACUGGCUGUGUUUGGGUUUGAAGGUGACUGUUUUCUCAGCUUCCUGGACAGUGUCUUAUUGACAAGAUAAAUAGAUACCUGACCUUGUUGUAAGACCAUGGAUUCUGGCACUUCGAAGUUGGCUGGAUUUUUAGACUCUACUAGUCCUGUGCCAGUCCAAGCAGAUGUGGGGGUCCUAUUCUAAAGGCAGCCACCUAGGGAGAGCUUGAAUAUGAAAGCCUCCUGAUCUUCUGCCUUGGUCUGCUUUCUCUCAUCUCUGAGAAGAGCUUCUUUCAGAUUCUAAAUUUAAAACUCACUCUCGGCCUUGGCUUGCCCUUACAGAAAGAGCAUCCUCAUGGAAAGAAUGGUCAUAAUUUGUCUUCCUCAAAAUAGGAUCCCCGUUAGAUGUGACCAUUAAACACCUUUAUGGAUAAAUUUACAUAGUAGAUACUGGAAAGCUUAUGAACACCGGAAAGUUAGUGUUAAUGCCACUUCUAAUCAAAAUAAACAACUACAAAAUCUUUUGGUCAUCAAAUAACAACCAUGACAAUUGUGUCCAUGUAAAGCUAUCCAUAAAUAAUUGUCUGCUACACUCUUCUCCAGUACCCUUCCCUCUAGGGAGGAAAACUCUUAACAUUCUUUCCCUUUCCCAUAGCAUAUGGGGAAUAGACAUAACAUUCCAAUGGUACCCAGAAUUCGGUGACAAAGUGAGAAAAACAAUGCACGAGUUGAGUUGCUUUUCCCUCAUCCACAAACGUAUCUGUACCUUUAAGUAUGCCAAAAACUAUCUAAAAUUGUUGCAGCUAAACAAAUGAUUGUCAUAUUUAUAUUCCCAUGUUUACUGCUUCUGUUUGGAGCUGGAGGAAUUUACCCAGAGUAAGAGUGGUUUAAAUGUCUUCCUUAAUGUGUUAUAAAAAGCUGUUGCUUUGGGAUUGCCUGAACGUCACAAAGAUCGGUGACAUUAUGGGAUAGGCAAAACUUGAGUUUAUUCUGCAAUGCUUAUGUGCACUAGGAGGGGCCUUAAAUCUCUUUAGUCAUAAAUUUCCCCAGACUAUACAAGGGCUUCAGAAAAGCUUUUCACUCAUCACAGUCCUCUCCCUUUUCCUCUCUCACGUCUCUUCCAGUUCCAUCUCUGUGUAAUGGCUUAGUGUAUCUCACGCUUUCCAAAAUGUGAAGGCUCCUAAUUCUCUCAGCACCUGCCUAGAUUGGUCCAUCCAUGGCAGACAGUCUCUUAAGCCUUCUCUGUCAGGUCCCAUUGUGUGUCAGGAAUCCUUGGCUCUAAUGGCCUAGCAGCUCCACUCUUCCUGUUUUAGAAAUGAACAUCUGAUGGUUGAGUUAACGAAGGACUUGGCCAAGGGCAAGGAGGCUCUGACUGAAACCUGGGUCUCCCCAGUGCUAAGUAUGCACAUUGUCCACAGCAUCCUGCUCCAUACACAGUGAGGGACAAUGACCUCCCAUCUGGAUUAGAUAUGUGAGGAUGUCAAACCAUAGCCAAACUUCAGAAUGUUUUGCUCCCCUGGGAUUUAUGUAUAACCUUGGCAGAUGUGCUGCCGAAUCUCCAACCCAGCCAAAUCCCAGAGCAGGUUAGACCAUCAUGGGGAAGGGCUGCUGUCUACCAUGCUAUCAGACUGUGCUACUUCUUUAGGGAAAAUUGCCUGGGGUGUGGUAAGACUGGGCAAUAAUAUCAAAUAGAAUACCCAUAAUGUCAAAUUAGAAGAAAGUGGCAUAUGAGAGACUGCAGAAGAGGCCAGGCAUAGUGGCACAUGCUGGCAAUCCUAGGAUUUGGGAGGCCAAGGCAGAAGGAUCUUGAGUUUUCAGCCAGCUUGGGCAACAUAACAACAACCUGUGUAAAAAGAAGUAGGAGAGAAGAGGGAGAGACAAAGAGAAAUGAAAGAAGGAAGGAAGGAAGGAAAUGCAGAAGAGCCUGCACUGGACAAGAACAGCAAGCUCAAUGGUGGCAGGACACACACUGGGGAUGUGUAGGAAUUAGUCACUACAUCCACAGUUAAACGCUGAGGAAGUAUAUCCUUUUCUAAAAAUAAAUGCAAACAGAUACAACAUCAUGCUCUCUCGUCUGUAUUCCAACUCUUUUUGUUUCUUGACUGAAGAGAAGGGGAAGGACUAUCGGAAUUGCAGAGAAUGUGUCAAGUGUGUGAGUUUAUGGAUGCCACCAAGAGAGAAGGGCUCAGCCUGCUGAUCUCCAGGUAGCCAGAGACCCAGGCAGUCGGCCAGGUCGGCAGCUGGGCUGCUGACCAGGAAACACACCCUCUCCUCUCUCACAAACAAGAGCUGCGUGUCCGAGCAUCUUGGCUCCCCCCAACCCCUGUAAUGUGAACCAUCACGCAGACCUGCCGGCCCAGUGUUUCUGAGUUUCAGCCUGGGAGUGAGAACAUUUUAGGAAUCAUUUGGGCAGCUAAUUGUUCACUCAUUAAUCACAAAGCCACUUAAUCACAGCUUGAAAAACAUUCUCCAUUGCUUCUGAAGAAAGUUCUGCUCAGGUCCUCUUGCCAAAAAAAGAUCUUCCUCUGCACAUGAAUAGUUGUCAACUUAAUUAAGGAAAGAGCUCAGCUCACCGGCACAGAGAGAAAGCAAAGAGGUGGAAGCCGGGCAGGUAGAAAGCCAAUUCUCCCAGCAAAAGCCAGGGUGACAAAAGAGAAGCCACUGGUGGCAAAUAUGGAGCCAUCAGAGGUUACUCACUCUUUGCUCUGAUCUCUCUUUACACUAUUAGGACUUUUAACCAUGAAAGCACCUGUACACAGCUCCAGUUGAGCCCCCUUGGAACACUGUUUGCUCCUGCUCCGUGUCUAUCAACUCCGCUGUGGAGCAGGGCUGAGUCCGAAUCUUCCAAAAGCAAUGCCGUUAGUGGACGCUGGCCCUCCACAGUCCUCAUGGGAGGAGUGAGUGGAGAUGGCAGUUUGGGGCUGGGCCGGGACAGCGGGUUAGGAUCUCAGCAGAGGACGCUGACCCUUUGCCAGUGUCACCAUCAGCAUGAUCUCGUUCAUGCUCUCGAGGCCCAAAUGUCAUAUGGGUGGCUAAGAAUGAACCUUACCUGCUCCAUGCAGGAAAAUUCAUUUUUUCUUUGCCACUGAAACAUAGAUUAUGGGUUUUGCCACAUAGAAGGAAGAGGCCAGCUGAGAGGUGGUGGGGACCGUGGAGGAGGGGGAGACAGCAUAAACAGGACUCAAAGCAGGGUGCUGUCCUAAUGCUUUGCUGCAAGUCAUAAGCAAGCGACCAGCCAAAAGCUAGUGACUUAUUCAUUUCAAAAGAGAAAAUAAUUACCUUUCCUUGUCACAAGACUGGGGAGCUAUUACAUUACUCUCCGUCUGUAUCCACGUGGGCACAUUUUAAGCUGGAAAUGAUUAUUGCUAAAUGACGAGAAACACAGACUCAAUUAGGUUUUUUAAAAAACCAGAGAGCAAAUGUAUACUGUAUUUAGAGAAAAAUAUGAUGUAGACACUGGCAUUUUAAAUAGCCUGAAUGCAAUAAGUGCAUUUGAAUGUGAAGAGAAGAAAUAAAGGCAGAAGACCCCAGCAUGAGCUCUAUACUUAUCCAUGCGGAGCACUUCUCAGUUGUCAAAGCGAUUUCACCUGUCCUGGGUCAUUCCUCUGUGAUUGAUAGAAAGAGAAGGCAGGGCUUGUGGUCUGUACUUGGCAUAGGAAGAAAUGAGGGGGUUGUUCAAAGCUUUCCUUGAACCCCCUCACCCAGCCUCGGACUCCUUUUUCUUUGAGAUCUCAACGCCCCUGAGGUCCACUUUCCUGUGGCACUCUCAUUUCCUCUUCAUCUCCAGCUCUGCUUGCGCCUUCUCUCCUGCCCUCUCUGCCACCACUGGGCAGCGCAGGACUGCUCUCGGGACAGUGCAAAUCCAGACAGGCACACAGAACUGUGUUCUUCCUCCCUAAAUAGGCAGCUGCAGAGUCACAAAGCUGAGGGAAAAGGCAGGGCAGGAGGCUCUCGGUUUGCUCACUGAGGUGCAAUGUAAGGCAAAGCCCAAGAGUGGCAGUCUCCUUAAGGUCCUCAGAGGUCCCAGAGGGAGUUGCAGCAAUUGGCCUUCGCUCUCGGAGCCUGGGACUCCUUGUGCACAUGUUGAUUGUCGGCAGCAAACUACCUCUCCACAUCGAGCACUGCCCUUGGCACAAAACCUGCAGCGAGGCACACACAGUCCUCAGUUUAUGAGCUGGCCAGGACCCACGGUCGUCUGUGUAGAGUCAAGAAUGUGUCUUUCUGAGAGGCAUUGUUUUAAGUGGGGGAGGGGAAGGAUGUUCCCGGAUGAACCAAAAAUAAAACUGUAUUUAAUGUACACCCAGAGUUGCCGAACUUUUUCUAUAACUGGCUAGAGAGUAAAUAUUCUAGGCAUUAUGAGCUAUAUGGUGUCUAUUAUGCAUUCAUCUUUGUUUUGCCUUUUUCCAGGAGAAAAUAGACAAUCUUUUCUAAAUGGAGAACUAGUCUUAACUUUAAAAAAAAUAGUGGUCAAAUUGAGCCCGUGGAGCCCAACUUGCCACGCAUGGCCUGUGGCAUCACCUGCUUCAGUGUAGUGCAGGUGAUGCUGAACAGUGGCUUUUGGUGUUUGACAUACAACCAUCUUCUUUUAAACAUAUCCCUGACCUAUCUUGACUGGGCUGAACCUACAUGAGCUGCCAGACAAAGUGAUGUCAUUCACUGGGACCUUCGGAGCAGUGUCAGGAACGGAGGCGGGUGGCCGCUGUGUUCCACCUCCCAAGUUCUGUGGAACAGGCACUCCGCGGACACCCAGGAGAGUCCGUGGGACCCAGCUCAGCACCUUCCUGGAAGAUGCCCACGUGACAAUCUGCCCGACUCUGCACUACAGCAACAAGUAGACAUUACAUGAUCAAGCCCAUCGUGAGAUUCCUCCCAGAGAUGGAGGUCCCCAAAAGCUCAGGUCACACUUGCCUCCUUGGAGAGGACUUCUGACUACAGUGCCCUGCACCAGGGCAUCUGAGAGCUGCUUGGAGCUCAUGAAGCAGUCACAGGGAGCAAAGAGAGGGUAUCUCCCAAAGGACAGAGAGGAGGAUUUUGUUCCUCCUCUUCUUCCUCCUCUGUUUCUUCCUUCUCCUGUUUUCCUCUUCCAUAAAGUCUAAAAUCACCUAACUGACUAGAAGUGCUAAUGGCAAUGCUGUGGGAAUCCCGUUUAGCCUUCCUUCGGCCGCGAAGCAUAUUUCCCCAAGCUGGUGCUUAGCAGGGGGCACUUGCCCUUCCUCUCUCCAUCCUAAUGGGCAGUGAGGAAGAAGAAAACAACCCUGGUUGGAAAUAAAGCUCAGUUCCCAUGGCCCAGGGCAGGGGCCAGAGUGUCGAGGGAGGGGACUCUGUGGCAGGCUCUCGGUGGGGCAUGGAAUGUAAUGGCUAAGGAGCCCAGCUAGAAGGAACUGGAAAUACCAGUUCCGCUUAGUAGCAUCACCACUUUCUCCUUUGAGCACAAAAGGAGGGCUUGAGCAGGCUCAGUAUGGCAGCCCACUCAUUCUGGACCGAGCUGGGAGACCAGCUGCACAGAAACUAGGAAAUACCCGGGAAGCCCCAGGUAAUAGUGGACAGCCCUGAGGUCUCUAAACAGUUACGGUGACAGCCUUCUCAGAGUGCGGAGCUCAGCAGUAGGGAAUUCUAGGCUGCUCCAACAGCUCAGCCCCUGCUGGCAAUGAUUCCUGUGCAAAAGAUGCCACUGCUAUAGUCUCCUGUCCCCUUGUUCCCAUUCCCAGGAGCUCUCAGAUUGAUCCCAGAUAUCAGCCAUGGUGGAACAUCCUGCAUCUGAUACCCUGGUGUCCAAUCUAGUCAUGACAGAAAGUCAUAGAGAAAGGCAGGACCUACGCAAUCCAAACAUCCCACCCCAGACCCAGGGCUUACUAUUGAUUCAUCCGCUACAAGUCUUUCUUCCCACCUGAUCUGCAUUCCUUUCUCUAACUCCAGCCUUAUCUUUCAUUAUGAAACGUGUUCAGCUAACUGAGAUCUCAAAGGCUGGAAGGCCUAGGGCCCAUUCAUCAAAAGCUGAGCACUGGGAUGAGCACUCCUGGCCCCCCAGCAUCUCCACUCUUCUGGCCCUUGCACCAUACCAGAGGCGACAGGCUUUGUAAAGAGCAGAGAAGGACAGGACACUGAUGAAUAGUAGGUGGGUGAGCAGCUUUAAUCUACAAAUAAGGUUGCCCAAAUUCAACAUGACAAGUAGGGUGACUUUUAAAAACUAUGCUACAAAGCAACGUUAAGAGCAAAACAUGGAAGUAUUACAAAUAUUUAAGUAGCAAUUUAUUGCCAGUUCUUUACAGACUUUUAGGAGUGAAGCACUUAGUGAGGAGUAACUGAAUUAAAAAGUGAGGUCCCUGGCUUGAUCUCAGCUCAUUUUCUGGAAGCAGGGCUGAGCUGCACCUUCUUCUCCUGCACAUCCCGUGCAACCCUGAUACCUAUGCUUCAAGUGAGAGCUGACGACCCUGAAAGCCUGAACCAAAGCACGUGCUUUCUUCAUCAGAUGUGAAGGAAAACAACUGUGUUUGCCUCUGGCCGUAAUGAGUUACAAGCAGGCCACUUUGCUGUAUUUCCACAGGAACCUAACCCAGUACUGCAGACCACCAAUUCUCUCACUCCUCGCCAGGCAACUGUGAUGGAUUGCACAGGGUCAGGUUUACAUCGCAAAACCUGUAUUUCUGGAGCGUCUGCUGCAAACCAAGAGCUUCGCACUUCUCAAGAUGGUGAGGCGCUAGAUUCUAGUCACAUUACCAAAGUAUUUCCACAGAGAGCCAGACAGGAGAGGAAGAGAGGGGUGAGGUCUGCAGGGGAAGGGGGAAGCCUGGAAAGAGCGGAGCCUGCGUGUCCCUUCUUCCGGGCGCUCCCCUUCAACCUGAACCUGACCUCCCCAGAGCCUGCACAGGAUGGGCCAGCAGGGCCUUGAGAGUAGUGGUGUGCGAAGAGCCAAGGGUGAGCGUCACAGUCCACAUCUCCCAGGGACCCUCAGGUUGUCAUUUGACCUCUCUGGCCCCAUGUUUUCACCUGCAAAUGGGGAGCAAGUGAAAUUACAAGCAGGAAGACGCCUCACGAAUGGGUAAAAUGUAUGCAGUCAUCCUGGACACCAAUGGCCACCACACGCCUUCCUCGCCUUCCUUCCCCUCCCACCUGCUGUGGACGGAAGUCAUUAUUUCUGUCAGGCACAGAACAUUUCACUCGCUGGAAAAGAGAAAGUCUCCACUUCCUUUGCUCUCCACCUUGCUCAAGUUACCUGUUUCCGGGGUGGCUCGUCACUCCCUGAAGACAACUCACUGUCUUUAAUAAGAAAGGAAGUCACAGAGCAGGGGCCGGGCCUUGACCCACGCUGUCAUCCCUACGCCCAGGCUGUGGGAACCACUUCUGCUCUCAGCACCUCCUCAAGGCCCCAAAACACAAAUGCACUGUGCUAUCUUCUUUGGGUUGGAGUUAUUCCCACCCAGAGAUUUUAUUUUACUUUGAAGCUUUCUACCAAGUUCAGGACACUAGACACCCACAGCAAGUGUGUCCAGGGCUGGCGUUUGUCAUCUCUCACUGGCUACUUACUUGGCAUUAGGAAGUAUUUACAUUAUCAGAGCUGUCCUGUGAAAGACCCUACAUGAAAUUCAGUCAUUGCACUAGAAGUGCGUGUGCGUGUGUGUGUGUGUGUGUGUGUGUGUGUUCAUGUAACUGACAUUAUGAGAAAGAAACAUUUCGUUUACAGAAGAAGGGACCGGAUCUCACACAGAGCUUGCAUUUAAAGCCAUCUGAGGAAGUGGGAUGAGUACUGCUUGGGAAUCGCCAGAAGUAAAUGUUUACAAAACCAAACAGCAAAUCCCAUCUUGACAGAAGCAGUUUUGAUUUCAGCGAGAAUUGGUCCGGAUCCUGGGAGCCCCGGGGCACAGGCUCAGUUCAAAUUCCAGGCAGAUGCCUGCAUUUCUGGAGGGCCUGGCAAGGGUCUCCCUGAGCCUCCCAAGUGGGUGUCCUGAAGGAAAAGUCCACGCGACCCGGCCCAGCUCAGAGGCUGUGUUCAGCAGGAACAUGCCGCCAUCCCCUGCCAAAUAGUCUCUCGGUGAAUUGGAAAUUCAGACUUGCUUCAAACAGAGGGAAAAAAUCACUUUUGGGGAUGAGGUUCUUGGCCUGACCCUGUUUUGGAUAAACACAGUCCAUGGCUAUUUUGGUCUUCAGGCUUUUAAGAAUCAGCUGCUAAGUUAUGGCAAGAGCAAAGGCACUGGUGUUGGCCCAAAUGACAAGGAAGAAUGUCCAGUUCUCUUGGUUCUGGGAUCUGGCUGAUGGGGAGAUGAGCUGGGGCCUCAAUCCAAACUUGGAAAUAUGCACACGUUGGAUUUGGGGUAAGAAUUCGUACUCUACAAUAGAACAAAAUUUUUGCCACAUUGAUGCAUGAUGCCUAGAAUAUUAAAACUAUAGUGUGAUACAUUAAGGUCAAAAUACCUUACUGUUUUAUUUUUUGAGACAGAGUCUCACUAUGUAGUCCAGGCUGGGCUUGAACUCAAGAUCCUCCUGCCUCAGCCUUCCACGUGUUGAGAUUACACCAUGCCCAGCAAUCUAUGUCGCUUUAUAAUAGGACAUAUACACAUUACACAAAGCAGCUCCCUGUCCAUGAUUGCUGUCCUAACUGCCCCCUGGAGGGGGUACAGCCCAACAACCUCUACUGUGACUGUGUCCUUUUCAGUCCCCGCAGGAAUCACGAAGUUAUGCUUGGCACAUGAAUCCUUCUUUAUCAAGCAUCCGUCUGACUGCAGCACAAAUCCAACAUAUCACUAGUGUCAACACUGGAACAGCAGCUCAGCUUUUUGAAAGUCAGCUUAGUACAACUCUUCCUGUUGCAUCCUGAAAAGUGAAAGUCCCCCAGAUUGUAUUACAUUCAUAGAAGUAGAGGAAGCCAUGCUGCAAAACGCAAGCUCCUUCCUCCAAAGGAAGCUGCCCGGCACCCACCUGCUCUGAGUUCUUUAGCCAGGAUGCAGUAUUCACCAGGGAGUAGAGAAUAACAGGGGUGGAGAUGCAGUCCUUGCCCCACAAGCUGCUGUGGUCCUGGAGAGCAGUGGGGAAUCACCAAGCACAGUAGGGUGUGGUAAGCAUCCUGACUUGCAUAUUCAUGCAACACCUGGGAGGGAGGAGGAAAGCAUCCUCCCAGCCUCAGGCUUCUCAAAUGCAGGGACCUUUAGUGGAAACCUGGAGGACAAAAUAGAGUGGAGAGCAGAGGAGGCUGUUCCUAGCAAGGAAGGGGCACUGCUGUGCUAAGACCCAGGAUUGGCAAAUCUCAUGCGUGUGCUGGGGUUUCCCCCUUCAAUCUGCCAGGCCCCCCGGGUAAUGGGCCUGGCAGCCAUUUGGCUUGGUGAACCCCUCCCCCGAGAUCCUCAGGCAAACCACACUUGCUUUGCUUCUUGCUCUUUUCUUAAGCCUAGGAAGAGCUCGCAGGAAGAGCCAGCACUGUAAGUGCAGGGACUUUCCUGACAGAGCCACUCUGCUCGGCUUGGCUGACAAUCCAAAGGCCUUGCUUUUCCAGUGACCUGAUUCUCUUUACAGAAGGUUCAGCACAGCAUUACAGUGGGAUGGCAGGACAGGGGGGAAAAAAGAAAAAGGAAGAGAAAGAAGAGAGAGAGAGAGAGAAAGAGGAAGGAAGGAAGGAAAAAAGAUUCUGUUUCUUUCUCAUCAAACAUGAAGUAACAAAUUCAUAAGAAUAACCAAAUGCAUUGGAUGUCUUAACAAGAAAAUUAUAUGGGGCCUGGGAUUUAGCUCAGUGGUGCUGCCGCCUGCCUCGAAAGUGCAAGGUCCUGAGUUUGAUCUCCACUACCAAAAAAAAAAGAAGAAGAAAGUUAUAUACAGUGCAAUUCAGUGUUAUUAAAAGUUAAAUUGUUUGUAGCAAGAAAACAUUGUGCAAUACAUUUUAAAAGAAAGAAUUUUGUCCCACAAAAAAUGCAGAAAAUAAUUGCAUCGCUACACUGCCCCAGUGAGUGGCUUCCAUGCCAUUGUGGGAGGGCCAGGAGCUCAGGCUUAGGCAGGGCUCAUGGUUAGCGAGGGGAGUCCAGUGCUUUAUUAUAAACCAAAUACAGCAGGGAGAGGGCAAACAGCAGCCAAAGCGAAAGACCUGGAGCUGCACUUUUACAAUCAACUGGCAAUUAGGCAGCACUUGACUGGCCAGGAUUAAGGAAGACAGAUUUGAGAUCAUUUUCCCUGUAAAAUUAAACUGUAUUUUAGUAAAUAAGGCUGAUCUCAUUUAAGCAUGAACCCUAUGACUUUUCUCGGCAUGCUGUAGCUUUUCUGCUUGCAUUCUCCUCAGAGCUGCUCAAAAUACACAUUUCCACUUUGCCAGCGAAGCAGCUACAGGCUUCCUGACUGAUUUUAGCUGCUACAGUUUUCCUACAGCCUUUAAGUUAUGUGACAAGUACGGUCCCUAUGAGAUACCCUUUCUGGCUGCGCAGUGUUUGUGAACCAUACUCACCCAUCCAGGUUUGGUGUUUGAUAAAUUGAGUUGAUGAUCUCAUCACCUCUUCUUCUGUGUUAAAGAAAACUCUGACUUGUGCUGAGAGCUUAGAAUGUGCUCUGUGCUAUACAAGGGAGAAGUUCCUCCUGCAUCAGAUUAAAAUGUCCAUGCGUGUGAAUUGUCAUACUUGAAUUAUCUGCCCCAUUUUGUAUCCAUGCAUAUACACAACACCCAGGCUGUAUACAAUGGCUUUGAAGCUUCCAAGUCCCUUUACAUGGACUUCAUACCCUUGGAAUGUGCUAUUUAAGUGUUUCUGAAUUUUCUACACACCGCUUUUACAAGCCCAUUUGUUUACAAUGUGAUGCAAAAAAAAAAUGUUGGUUUUAUGUUCUUUCUUUCUUAAGAAAUGAAUGUACAUAUUGCUAAGAAAAUGAAUAAAGUAUUGAAAAAUAUGCUUUAAGAAUAAUUCCCAAUGUCAAAAUGAAUUUAUUUGUUUACUGCAGUGACUGUUCAAAUUAUAAGACUUUAUAUUGUCAACUAAGAGAGACUAUGUAAAGGUGCAAAUUUCCAAUGAUGAAUGUAAUUAUAUUGUAUACCUAAAAUGCACCAAUAAAAUAAAAAGUAAAAAAAGUAAAAAAUACAUUAAAAAGAAUUUAUAUUGUCCUUAUACAUAUGGAUGCCAUAGAUUUGUGUUGUUCAAUAUUGAUGUAUGUUCCCAAAUAAAAUAUUUCAAAUGUCCCUCUUUAAACA